GCAAAACUGUUGAAAGAGUUGGGAACCGAUCGAGUGAUCAAUUAUAAGACCGAGAAUUUGGAUGAAGUGCUCACUAAAGAGUUUCCGAAUGGAGUGGACGUUGUUUGGGAAACAAUUGGUGGACAAUUAAUAACAGGCUCUAAGACUCUAUCAGGGUUUUAUCUAUCCGACUACAAGCAUUUAUACGCCAAAUAUUUGAAACAAUUGAUUGGAGACGUUGUGAACAAUAAACUGCGAGUUGUGUUAGAUUUGGGACAAAACACAAGUGAAGGAGAAUUCGCUGGAAUUGAUUCAGUCGUCAGAGGGGUUGAGGUAUUUGAA